AUGAAACGGGAUGGUGAGGAAGAUCCUGUCAUAGUGUUAGACAGCGAUAACGAGGAGCCCGCUAAUAGUGAGCAUGAGGGUGUGAGGCCGUUGCCUGCCAUAGUGGUGGACGAGGAGGAUAAUAGCGGUGCGCCUGUUGAGGUUACUUCAGUUAAUGCAGACGAAGGCGGUGAUGAUGAUGAGUUGACUUUACUUCGUCAGUCUAAUAUCAGAGUACCGAGAAGGCAAAUAAGUACGCCCGUUGCGUAUAUUAACCUUGAUGAUGAAGCUGCCCACCACGAUGCGAGUGAUGAUAUAGAAUUUCUGGGUGGGAAUUUAGUGCCUAAUGCAGGCGAUAAUGAUGAAGAUGCAGUUACACUGCUGGAAGAACGAUUAGCGGAUGGUCUAGUGCCUCUGAACUUGCCCGGUGGCAGGAGGAUCAUAGUUAACGCUGCAAACGGUGAGGCGCCAGUACGCAGCUCUUUCGAGAGAUUGAUGAGGAAUAACCAGCUUCGAUACUUGCGAACAGUUCCUGCAGAGCGUCAGAAUCAACGAGUACAGCGAAACUACAGACCUGUUAGAAAUGAUGGUAUGUUUGUACCGGAGUCUGAUGACAGCCAAGAUGAUGAAUGGGAAACUCCUGACCUGUCUAGUGGCUAUCAGAGUUCAGCGUCAAAUUACCCUUCACGUCCUAGUUCUGCUUUGAUUAAUGAUUGGGCAAUAGCGAGGGCUAGGAAUGCUGCAAGAAGGCGAACAAGAGCGAUGACAGAGAGUCGUAUAAGUGCGGCAUUGGGACAACUAGCUGGUCUAUCGGGUUCUGAUUUGGUUAAUGGUUACAUAAAUUUUCCGGUGCUUCCGCAGAGUAUGGCAUCUUAUAUGCACAAUCAUGUUUACGGCACCCCCAUAACAGGUUCCGAAGACGAUGAAGAAGCUCAGACUCAGAGUAUCAUUGAUAUUAUACAGCAACGAGAAGAAUCUGAGAGGGACAAACGGGUAAAGGAGUAUACUAGGAAAAGUGAGUCUCAGAAAAAGAAGUUUUACGAGGAAGCUAAGCAGUUACCACCGGGGUACAGCGCCUCCUUUGCGACGCCUGAGGUUAUUAGAGAGAAUGAUGAUGAGGACAACAGCAAUAAUGACGACGAUGAGGAUAUGAUAGUAUGCAAUUUAUGUGGAGUUGAGUUAGGAAUCGGGAUACCUGAGGAGUUUACUGGGAUAUCUAAGGAAGAUUUUGCAUUGAGUUUUGCAGAGUUAAUGGAUAAGUAUGGGUCCAGAUGUCCAUACCAGAGUUUAGGUAAGCCUAGUGAGCUGGAUCGGGAUUUGUCAAAGCGAACUUAUGUCUCUAAUUGCGGCCACCUAUUUUGUGGCAGAUGUUGGAGGAGGUACUUGAAUGCAAGGUCAUUGAUGAAGACGAAAGCUGGCAAGUCGUUAAAUGUUAAGCUUGGUGCGUCUCAUCCUGAUAAUUUUGCUCCCAAGGUUUGUCCAGCAGAUAACUGUAAAUAUCAGAUACGCUCUAAGGGUAAGAUGAGAGAAGUAUAUUUCUAA